GUCAGCGAGAAACCUUGAACAUCAGACAACCGAGAAAGUUAUUUGUGCCCCAGUGGGUCCAGUGCUAAUUCAGCGAGAAACCUUGAACAUCAGACAACCGAGAAAGUCAUCUGUGCAUCAACACUGGUUUUGUGGCUCAGCGAAAAACCUUGAAUGA